AUUGCAAAUCAUAAAACAUAAUUUGACCAGAUCGUUACAUAUAAUAAAUCUAAAUCACUAUCCUUUCUAUUAAUUUAAAAAUGAUAAUAUAUAAACAACAAUCGCCGUUACUAAUAAGUUGCUAGCUUCUCGCAUUUCACACAAAAAGUAAAGGAGAGAAGAACGAUCUGGCGGCCAAUUCGCGAUCCGCCGUUGGAUCUCUCACCAUGUCACUCUCCAGACUACACAAAUUCAAACUGUUCGCGGCAAAUCGCAGCUUGGAGGCAUCCGCCGCCGGUAACCCCUCAAUGAGCCCGACGAAAAGUCCUGUGUUUCAUCUCCAGCGACGCAAAACCCUGCGGAUGUUGUUCGAAAAGAGCUCCGACAGCCGCAGACGGAAUCUCCGUCAGAUCCUCGAAGAAUCGCCGGAGCUGGAUGGAAACUCCGGGAAGAAGAAGAGGGGAAACCACCGUGCGAGGCGUAAACUGAAAGAGCUGAUGGUCACAUCGCCGUCUCCGCCGUUUAGUGGUGGGGAAGAGAUAGACGGCGGCGGAGAAGCGAGGGGCGGGACUUCGUCGGUUGCUGGCGGCGACGUUACUUCUAACGGUGACGGGAGAGAGUUAAUGACUCGACGAUUCGGUCCUUCCGGUCCGGUUCAGUCAUUUCGGUUAAGGAUUUUGAGAAAACCUUGGCGACCAGUCCUGGUUUCGAUUCCUGAGCAAUGAAAAGUUGAAAACUUGUUUAUCCUUCUUUUCCUAAUUAAAAGGCGCAUUAGACAAA